AUGGUAAUCGAUAGCCGAUUACUUAGGGAGCCCUGGUUGAAAAUCGUGAAACCAGUGAAUGCCUUCUUAAUGUGGAUAAAUUCCGCCGGGCGCAAGUACAGCUGCGCGAUGCAUCCCGGGAUCAGUCCCCAGGAAGUGUUUGUGAAGGGCAGUGAGAUGUGGGGAGCCAUGGUCGAUGAGGAGAAGUUCGUGUGGCAGGAGGCGGCACGCACGGCAAUGGCCGAUUACAAGAAGAAAUUGGAGAAGUGGAAUACACACAAAGAGCAGUCGGAGAAAACUACCCAAACGGAUGAGACGGUGGAUCGAUCUGCAUGAAGUGCGUUUAAACGUAAACGUUUUGUUGGGUCAUGCAGCCAAAACUGUG